GAAGACUCAACGUAUUCUCUAUGAAACAAGCUUGGAAUUUCCUCGUGAAAUCAAAGAAUUCUUUAGCAAGAACUGAUAUGGAUACACGAAAUUAAACACGGAGCAUUCCUGACUGAAUUGGAAUCAUGAAGCGAGAAGUUUGUUUCUUGGCUGGUAUUAUUGUAAUCGUUGUUGUUGAGCUAGGAUCGUUUGUGCAAAGCAGAUACUCGAGGGACUACUCGAGCAACAGGUAUACUAUGAUCAAGGCUCAGAAUCUAUCACGUGUCAUUAACUACAUAUUAAAAGACAGCGGAUAUGACAUCAAAGUACGACCAAACGAUGGCGGUGACCCGGUGGACGUGACGGUUGAAGUGAAAAUUGUGUCUUUUGGCGAGUUCUUGGAAGCAAGCAUGGAAUACUCUUUGGAUAUCUACUUCCGCCAAUGGUGGGUCGAUCCACGGUUCGCUCAUGACGUCGACCGCAUCUUCAACAUUGCAGGCGAUGCGACUAAGAUUUUUUGGACGCCAGACACUUACUUCGUUAAUGCUAAACGGUCUAUCUAUCACUAUGUGACAAAAGAAAAUAUGAGAAUUAUGAUAUGGCCUGAUGGAAGAAUAUACUUUAGCACCAGAAUAACUUUGACUGUACAGUGUAGCAUGAACUUUCUUAUUUAUCCAAUGGACACUCAGCGAUGUCCUCUCAUCAUCGAGAGCUACGCGCACACUGUCGAGGACCUGAGAUAUAAUUGGAAGACUGGUAACAAGCAUGAUGGAAUCGAGGUUGUCACAGGAAAUAUUGCGCAGUUUGAGCUGCUUGAAGUGAGGAAAGAUUCCGGAGCCCAGUCCAACAGUAAAGGAUCGUUCUCUAGCCUCAAGGCCUGGUUUUCCUUUAAGCGUCGAACAACAUAUUUUUUCUACCAGAGUUUUAUGCCAACCAUUUUUCUGGUCAUCAUUUCCUGGUGUCAAUUCUGGAUUUCUCCCAAAGCGGUACCAGCACGCGUCAGCCUCAGCGUCACAACAGUCUUGGCUAUUUUUUUCCUGUCGUCUACUAUCAAUGAAAGCAUGCCUAAGGUCAGCUACAUGAAGGCAAUCGACUAUUUUCUGUCUGUGUCUUUCGUUUUUAUUUUCUGUACGUUGUUGGAGUAUGUGUUCGUGCUGAACACAUCGCCUGGAAAAAGAAAGUACAAAGAAAAGGAAAACGGUGAUAUUAUGGAAGCCCACAAUGUUAUUAUUACAAUCAUGGAUCGUGAUAAAAGUAACUGUACCAAUCGACCGCGAAAAAACAGGCGCUUUGUGCCCGAAAACAGUUCAAGAACUAAAUACAAAAGAGACGGUAGCCAUCAUCAAGUCGAUAAAUUGGCAAGAGUGUGCUUCCCUUUAGCUUACGCACUCUUUUUGUUAGGAUACUGGCUAUAUUAUUCGUACGUAUAUGAUGCUUUAUAGGUUAUAUACUUAGCUUGUGCUUCCAAGUUACGCGCCCUUUUUUUAGGUUGGGAUGAGAUCAUCAUCCUCCUAAGAUAAAUGCUUUUGCAUUUUUUAAUAAUUUUUGACUCGAAAAGUAAA